CAUUUUUUUCCUUAAUGAAUUACACUAAAUUGCUUUGUACAUAAUCAUCAAAUAUCUUACCAUGGUAAAUAUAGUUAGUUAUCUCUAAUCGUGGUAAAUGUUCGUCUCUUAUCUAAAAAAAAUAUCGUUACGCCAUGAGCAUACCUCAUAAUUGAAAUUUUAAAUAGUUUAAAAGAGAAACAUAGUAUAACUAUUCUUGUUAAAUUAUUCGAAUAAAGUAAAUUUUAUAAUAAAUAUUAAAAUAUACAGUAUAAGUAGAAUAUCAACUAAGUUGCGUAAAACAAAAAAUGGGUAGUGCUAAAAUUGUAAAACUUAUUGAUUUAGCUAAUAAAAGGUUGAAUAGUAGUGAAGAUUUUGACGAGUUUCAAUCGUUUGCUCGCGAAGAGCUUGAUGUAAAAACUAUAUAUUCAUUAAUUGAUGAAAAAAUAGAUCAUCAAGAUGGGCCAAAAGUGUUAGAAUACAUAUUAGUUGGAUUAUCAGUAAUAACUGAUGCUCAACCAAUUGUAGAAAAAGUGUAUGAAUAUGUUUUAAAAGCUAUAAAUGCUGCAGAUAUUACAGAAAAAAUGAAAAUUUGUUUAAUAAGUCGCUUAUCUCUUGAGUUAAAUAAGUUAUCUACUGGUCAAUUAAUUAAAUUUAUUAAUAUGUGCAAGAAUGAUAUAGAAUCAUCAAAUGAAAAUAGCAUCCAUAUCUGGAAAGAAAUAAUGCCGCAAAUUUUAAAAAUUAUAUCGGAAGAAAAGAGUUUAAAAAUUGAAAGCUUAGAACUCAGUGGAGCUGAUUAUAAAGAAAUGAUAAUUAAAGACAUAUGUCAUUUUAAAGUAGAAUCAGAUAUCAUAGUACCUUUAGCUCUAAUGUUCAGAAGAACUCAAUUAAGUGAAAAGGAGCAUGAGUUAGUUAUAUUAAUGCUGUGUUCAUAUUUUGAACACUUGAAACCACAAGAAGUGCCAUCUUUAUUGCAACAAAUAUUACCAUUUUGUUCAAGUGGUGAUUUUUUAUAUCUUUUUUGUACUUUACGAAAAUAUUUUGAUGAUAAGUAUAUAAUUAAUAAAAGUAUUAAUGAUCAAAAUAGAUUUGAAAUAGAAGGAGCUGAUGUAAAUGAUAUGAUGGAAGCCGAAAGUACAGUUCUUUUUCUUUUAGAAGAUUUUGCCAAAGUCCAUGCUUCAUUUGUAAGCGAUGUGACUAAAUACAUAAAAAGUUGUAUAGGGGCUCCUAAUAUGGUGUUUGGACCAUUUAUGUUAGCAUUUUUACUGACCAUGUCUUGUUGUGGGCCAUAUGAAGUUCUUGUUAUUACCUUGAUAAAAAAAUUAGUUAUUCAGUCCUUAGAAGAAGAUGAAAAUAUCAAGCGUUCGUGUUGGUUGAAAAUUAAUUAUACAAAUAUUUAUGAUGUUUUUGAACAAUUUCAAAUAUUUAUAAAAAGCGAAAUAUCAAGCUAUGAAAAAGUAUUUAAAGGAUUAGUCAAUUUAGGGUUGUCAUUCCUUGGAACAACAUCAUCUGUAUUUAAAAAAAAUGUAGAAAUUGUUAAUAAAAUCCACCAGUUAGGAUUAUUUAUCAUUGUAGCAUUGGUUAACAAAAGAUCAUUUAUAACAAGUAGUGUGUUGCGAAGUUUGACAAAUUUUAUUGCUUCUAAUCCUACAUGCUGCCAAUAUUUAGAGUGUUUACAUAAACUAUGUAAAAACCAAAAAGCAAAUAUUGUUGAAAAUAAUGCUGAACUGUUAAGAUUAUUUAAAGAAAUUCCUGUUGGUUUAACUGAUAAAGUAACAUAUGCUGUUAUGCCUGUUUUAAAAGUGUCUACUUAUUUAAGGGAUAAUGUUAUAAUGAUUUUGAGAAAAGAGCUAAUGUCUAAAGAUUUUCAGUUAAGACAUAGUGCUGUUUCUGGUUUUAUUGAAAUAUUAUGUAGUGUUCGGCUAAAUGAUAUAACAGCUUUUAGUCAAAGUACAAAUAAUACUCAAGACUCAUGGCCAGGUCUUUUUACUCAGAUGGUUCUAGAUCGGAAUUCUGUUGAUAUUUAUUCAUCUAACAACUGUGGUCUUGAAGACUCAUCUGAUAACAAUAAAGCAAUUUGUUUAGAAAUUUUAGAUAUUCUUAAAACUUGUUUUUUCCAAAAAGCUGAAAUAAAACGUACAUUAUAUAGAGGUUUAAUAAAAGUGACAUGCCAUAAUGAAGAAUUAUGUGUCUGUGUUACUAGCUUGUUGUUGGAUCAUUUGAGCUCUUGGUGUAUUAAAGUCCAGAAUAAAAGAUCAUUGAAAUUUGACAAAGCAAUAACAGUUGGUAAAGAUGGAAAGUUAUUAAUUCAUGAACCAUUAGAUGAAUUAAUUAUCUUAGCUCAACAUUUAUUAAUGAAAAAUACUUCAUUUGAAAAUAAUGAUGCUCAUAUAAAUAGUGAAACAUUAAACAAUUUACUGAAUCAAUUGGUUGAGUUUUAUUGUGAUUGCAAUACUGAUGAAAUUAAAGUGAAUGAUAAUGACAGUCUGCUGGAUAUAAUAAGUAAUAUUGCGGAAUAUGCUGAUAUUAUCAAACAAGUUUUGUGUGUCUAUCAAUCAUUAAUUGCGUAUAUAAUAAACUCAUGGAUCAGACAAGAUCAAGAUAAAGAAUAUUCUGAAAAAUUACAAAAAUUAUUUUCAAAAUACAAUCAUAUUUUAGAUGCUAUUAAGGCUUGUGAUAAAACAAAUAAAAAAAAAGACAAUAAGGGAAACAAAAAAAUUAAAAGUGAAACAACUACUGAUUCCAAAUCUCAAAAAUUUAUAGAACCAAUUAUACAUUUAGAUUUUGAUGUGUUGUAUAAAUUUUUGUCUUUACUUUCUACUAAUACUAGUUGGUCAUCUCAGCAAACUGUUACAUUAUUGAAACAAAAUGGUAAACUUUGGGAAUUUGUUUUAAAACUUGUAUUGAAUCAUGUUUUUGAAAUGAAACAAUUACUUUCUCAGGAUAUUAAACCAAGAAACCUUUAUGAAAAUUUAUGUAAACUAACCAGAUUACUGUACAAUUAUUUUCUAUUUGAUUUACGUGAAAAAAUUAGACUUAAUCAGUGUACUGUUGAAUUAGGUAUAGAAUGUUACUUACAGAUAAUUACACUCGUUAAUUUUUAUUACAAAAAAUUGAAUACAUUUUUCAAAGAUUCUAACAAAGAUGAUACUGUUGAUUCAAGUGAAGAUCAAUCAGAACUUUUUAAUGUGUUGCGUAAUAUAAGGUCUCAUUUAGAUACUGUGUUAGAAGUUAAUCAGUUAGAUUCAUCAAUAAAUGGAGAUAAUGAAGAAGAUGCCAAUGAUUCAUUAGAUAAAAUUGAAAGUUAUUUAAUUAAAUGUAUAGCUAUCAUCUGCCAUGCUAUUGAUAGUAAUAAUCAAAAAGUUAAAAAUAUAUUAGUUUGGCUGUCUACCAUAAUUGAAAAAUAUUCAUUUUCAAACACUCCUAAUGCAAAAGAUUUUUUAACACUUACAAUUGAAUUGCAUUCUGCUUACCAAGAAGAUCCAAUAAUGCUAGCUGACAUAAUUAAGUAUUUAUGUAAUUCAUUUGGUCGAAUCAAUAAAUCUCAAAAAACUAAUGAAUCUCAGAUGAAAUUUUUAAGAAUCAUCACUGAAUAUAAUAAAACUACUUUGUGUUCAGUUUUAUGCCAGUGCUUAUGUAAUGAAUUGAAUCAUGUAUUAACAUGUCUGUCCAGAAUUAAAGCAGAAUUAUGUGCUUCAUUAAAAAAUAUUAAGAGUGUUUGUCAAGACCGAAUAAAAGCUAGAGAAAAAGCAGUAUGUCACCGAAUAAUACUAGUUAUAUUGGCAGCUAAUACUUUUACAAAAACUAAUAUACCUCUUGGUCAGUGUACUGAAUCAGUCUUUAUAUUAUUACAUCAAGUUUUCAAGACAGUUAAUAUAGUUAUUAAACAUUUUCAUAUGCGUUCUUCAUUUCAUGAGCCUAUUUAUAAACAAGCUUUACUAGAAAAGUUAUCACAAAUAAUCAAUGAAUUAUUUGCUCCAAAUGUUUCAAAAUUCAUUAUGUAUGUUGAGCAUGAUAGACCAUUAACAGAAAAAGAAAAAAAAUCAAAUCAACUAAAACAACAAACAAAACGUCAGGCUAGUUACAUUCCUAAGGUAGUAACUGAACUUGAACUUUUUAUCAACUUAAUCACUAAACUAGGGAAAAAAUGCAAAGACAAAAAUUUAAUAAAUAUUAAAUUAACAUCAAGCAGGGAUUUUAGACUCAAUAUACAAAAAGCUCAAGAAGUUCUCAGCAAACAAGAUAAUUCAGAAGAAAGUGAAGAAGAGACAGAUGAAAUUAAUCAAAAUAUUUCUCACCACCCUGAUAAUAGCGAACAACCUCCCCAAAAAAAACGAAAGUCUACCACAAAUACUUCAAUGUCUAUUGGCUCACCUGUUUAUUAGGUCUUAUUAAAAAUCAAAUCACUGUGAGAUUUUUUUUUUACAUAUAAACUUUAAAAUAAGAACAUAUUAAAUUUUAUAUCGAAUGUACAAAAACAGUAAAAUCUUUUAGGUUUAACUCUAAUCAUUUUUAUAAAGGUGAUUAUAGCAUUGUAUAUCAUUUGAUAUACACAAAAAUAUGUAUAAUUCUUGUUAGAGAUGAUAAAAAGGUUUUGUUCGUAUUUUUCUUGUUUAAAAAAUACAUGUUGAUGGCGGAAAAACGCAUAAAACGUUUAAUUUUAGAUAUUUUAGUACCAACAUUUUUUUAAUUAUAUUAUGUAAUUAGUUAUUGCUUUAAGACAUCAUCAUAUGAGGAGUGAGAAAUGAAUUUCAGUUUUAGAAUAUAACAGAAAAAUCCACUCGUGAUGUUCACUAAUUAUAGAAAAUAUUUCCUAAACUAUAACUUUAUUAUAUAAAAAUUUGCUAUCGCGACAAUUAAGAUAAUUUUUAUUCUUAACCUGUCAUAUGAGCGUAGUUAACACUUUUUUUUAGCUUCGAUGUGAAGCUGAGAAGGUUUAAUUUUACCAUGAUGUGUUUUUUUUGUGUGUGUCUAUUGCCACUUUCUUAAAGCUCUCACUGGACAGAUUUUGAUGAACAAUAUAUCAAAAAAUCAUAAAUUGUAUCUAGUUGAAGACAUUACCAUUAAAAAUUGAAAAAAUUACCCUCGUUCCCCGUAAAUGGCGGAAAUUUCAAAAAAAAAAUUACAAUUUAAAAAAUCGGUAAAUUUUGUCAUUUUUUUCACUUAUUUUUCUUAAAACUACCAUAACUUUAUCAAAAAUGAACAAAUCAACAUAUUUUUUUU